AUGGAGUCCUUCUUCCUCCUUGGGGCAGAAGCUCGAGGGAGGUUCCUCCAGAUCGCCGGCCGCACUCUGGGUUGCACGUAUAUCUGCACAUGGACUCCUCUCUCCCAUCCGCCGAUUAACCUUUUGAUCUCCACAGAUGGAUGGCACCGUGAGGAAGACGGCGAUCUCCCGAGCUCCUCGUCGGGAAGCAUCUCCCUGAGGCUCUUUGAAGCCUACCGCGGAUCCCUUUGCAGUAUUCAGAAUGGUUGUAUUCCCGGGUUGGCCUACAAAGGUGCGCCUGCAUACAUCGAGUUAAGGGAUGCAGAUCUAAUGACCUUGGCAUGGAUGAACGUACAACGGGAAUUCUACCAGGAAGCCGGAAUAAAGACUGCAGUAUUCGUGGGAUGCAGGAACGGAGAAAUUGAAUUAGGAAUGACGAUGUCACCGGAUACAAACCUGCAUGUGAUUAUCCAGCAAGUGUUCGGUGAAGACUUCGUUCAACGGUACCAGUUAGGAGGAGGAGGAGGAAGAGACUUCAUGCGGCACUCCCAAUCAGGAAACCUCAUACUGCCACCUGAACUGGGUGCUCCUUUUGUUCCUGAGGCGAUCACAGAGCAACCAGUGGCUCCGUCACACCAAAUGCCCAUGCAAGCCUACAACCCGAACCGAAAUGUUCAAUUCCCAGCCUCUACAGGUGAUGAUGAAGCAAUGAGGAGAGCCAUGCUUGCUGUUAACUGGUUGCCAUCCUCGUCUUCUUCUCCACUUAGUCACCAGCUAGAUCUGCAACAACACCAAAUCUAUCAGAGACGUAUCGACCAUCAAAUUGGAGCAUUUAAAGCUUUCGAUCCAGCUCUUGCUCCAAAACCGGAGGCAAAUCAGAACUUACCUGGCCAAAGAAUGAUUAAGAUGGGCAUCAACAUCUUGACAGAAAUUAACAGGAUGAGGAUGGAAGCUCGAGCGCAGGAACAUCGGCCAACAAGUAACCAGUUGUACCACAUCAUAUCGGAGCGCAGGCGUCGGAAGAAGAUUAAUGACUACUUUCAUGCUCUCAGAGUGCUACUUCCGCCAGGAUCUAAGAAGGACAACGUAUCGGUGCUGGCAAACACGAAGACCUACUUGAAUUCCUUGAAAGCUCGACUCUCUGAGCUUGAGGAGAGGAAUCAAAUGCUAGAACGUCAACUGAAGUCUGCCGACGACGUUGAUGAAGUUAGUGAUCGAAGCGAAAGAGUCGAAGUUCAGAUAAGCCGAUCCUCCGAGUUCAAAUCAGAGGCGCAACAAAUCAACCUCAGCCUCAUCGUAAGGGAGGAAUGUGAUAUGAUAGAUCUGGUUCUCCAUGCGCUUCGACUCCUGAAAGAGAUGAGAGACGUAAUAUUGAUAUCCAUGGAUGCAAGCACGAGAUCGCCAUCGAGAAAUAUAUUCGCAAGGGCCAAUCUUAAGCUACAAGUGAAGGAUAGUGAUUGGGACGAGGGCAGGUUCGAGGAAGCCGUGACCAAAGCCGUCGUCGAUGCGUUGGCACAAGGAAAAACGAAGACUCCAUCACAUUCUUCACCGGCCCAUCAAUCUUGACCAUCUCUAUUUUUCAGUUCGAUGGCUCGAGAGACAAACAAGAAGCAGCAACAUGGGGUCAAAUGAGGUAAAUAAGGCAACGUAAAGGUGCCCAUAAAGCAUAUCCAAAGGUGCAUGCUAUCAUGGAGGAGGGAGUAUAUAUUUCUUGGGUGCCACACCGUAGAAUGAAAAGCUCAAAGCUGGGGGAAUGAGGAGGGGGGGUACAUUUUUUUCUAUUUAAACAGGGAGUUGUUUACUGAGGAUAACAUGCGAUGGUGGCCGGGUUUGACUGGCCAAUUAGAUCGAUGAACUUUUGGUGUGUCACUUUUUUCUUUUA